CUAGGCUGUGUAUGGCUGUGUGGCUUAUGUCUCCCCGUGCGCCGACGUACGCUGCAUCGACCUCCACCGCGUGCCAUGCCCGCAGCGCACGCCGCCGGCGCCUUUGCUCGGGCAGCGCUGCGGCCGCUCGGUGCCGCGCUGCAGGUCCUCGCCGUGGCCGUUCCAGGCUAUCUGCAGUCCCGGCGAUUAGCGGCACGCUCGGCCUGCCGGUGUGAAGAGUCAGGCGCUCGGCGCGUGCUGAUCGACACGGACCCAGGCGUGGAUGACGCGCUGGCGAUUCUGCUGGCCCUGGGCUCGCAGCGCGUGAGCCUUCACGGGCUCACCAUUGCGCUGGGCAACGGCAAGGACAUCCGGGACUUGGGUUCCAAUGCCAAGCUGCUCCUGCGGCUGAGCAACGCAGCUCCAGUGCCUGUGAGUUUGGGAGAUGACAGCUUGGCCACAUCCUGUGAAGGUGCGACGGUGAGUCGCAAAGGCAUGGAGAAGCAGCUGGUGCAUGGUGAGGACAACCUGGGCAAUGUGGGUGCGAAGUACGGCAAGUGCGAUGAGGACUAUCGAGAUUUCCAUCCUCUGAAAGCCCCCGAGUUCAUCUACGACGUCUGCCGCCGCUUUCCGGGCGAAGUCAGCGUGGUGUGCAUCGGCCCUUUGAACAACUUGGCCGAGGCGCUGCAGCAGCACCCGGACUUGCCGGAGCUCGUGCGCGACUUGGUGAGGCGUGAGGUACUCAUCAUGGGCGGCGCCUUCGGGCUGCGCCGCGGCAACCGCACCCCGGCGGCCGAGGCCAACUUCUACCACGCGCCCGAGGCGGCGCAGGCGGUGCUGACGGCCAAGUUCAAGCGCGUGGUGGUGGCAGGCCUCGACGUGACGCACCAAACGGAAAUGCGGGAGCUGCGCGCCGCCUGCGUGGCUGCAUCGCCCGGUUCGGUGAUUUCGCAGUUCAUCUGGGACGUGUGCGAGACCUACAUGAACGUCUACCAUGACUGGGGUGAGACUGUGGCGCCGGCGCAUGACGUGGUGCCCAUCAUGUACUUGCUCCGACCAGAGCUCUUCGAGGCCGAGGAGGUGCGCGUGGAAGUGGAGACGGCGCCCGCGGCGCUCACGCGGGGCAUGUCCAUUGCGGAUUGGAAGGGGCAGUGGGGCAAGGAGCCCAACUGCCUGGUGGUGACGCAGAUCCGCGACGUGGCCGCCUUCACGGCGGCCUUCGUGGCGGCCAUGGCGCGGCUGCCGCUCGGAGUUGGAGGCUGAGGGCGACCGGAGAACAAUCCGCGGCACGAAAGGAUGUGGCGCGGAAAAGAACUAUACUAAGUGGGGCAACGGGCGACGCUG